GGGGUUGCUAGGCGCGGAGGGGAUCCGGCGGGCCGCGGCCGCCCGGAGCUCGGAGCCGCUGGAGCGGAGCGGAGGUGGCGGCUCUGCUGGAAUAUGGCGAGCGGCCGGGACGAGCGGCCGCCCCGGCGGCGGGGGCGCUGGCGGCCGCCGCUGCUGCCGCUGCUGCUGCCGCUGCUGCUGAGGAGCGCGGCCCAGGCGGCGCACAUCAAGAAGGCCGAGGCCACCACGACGGCCGCCGCGGGCUCCGGGGCGGCCGAGGGCCAGUUUGACCGCUACUACCACGAAGCGGCGCUGGGGGAGGCGCUGGAGGCGGCGGCGGCGGCGGGGCCGCCCGGCCUGGCGCGGCUCUUCAGCAUCGGCAGCUCGGUGGAGGGCCGGCCGCUCUGGGUGCUGCGCCUCACGGCCGGCCUGGGGCCGCCGCCCGCCGCCGCCGCCGCCGCUGCGGGGCCCGACGCCGCGGGGCCGCUGCUGCCCGGCCGGCCGCAGGUGAAGCUGGUGGGCAACAUGCACGGCGACGAGACGGUGUCGCGCCAGGUGCUGGUCUACCUGGCCCGGGAGCUGGCGGCGGGCUACCGCCGCGGGGACCCGCGCCUGGUCCGCCUGCUCAACACCACCGACGUGUACCUGCUGCCCAGCCUGAACCCCGAUGGCUUCGAGCGCGCGCGCGAGGGCGACUGCGGCCUCGGCGACGGCGGCCUGCCGGGGACCAGCGGCCGGGACAACAGCCGAGGCCGCGACCUCAACCGCAGCUUCCCCGACCAGUUCGGCACGGGCGAGCCGCCUUCCCUGGAUGAGGUGCCGGAGGUGCGCGCCCUCAUCGACUGGAUCCGCAGGAACAAGUUUGUGCUUUCUGGAAAUCUCCAUGGUGGCUCAGUGGUAGCAAGCUAUCCUUUUGAUGAUUCUCCCGAGCACAAGGCUACUGGAGUCUAUAGCAAAACGUCUGAUGAUGAAGUCUUUAGAUACUUGGCAAAAGCUUAUGCUUCUAACCACCCUAUAAUGAAAACUGGUGAACCCCAUUGUCCAGGAGACGAAGACGAGACUUUCAAAGACGGGAUCACAAACGGUGCACACUGGUAUGACGUGGAAGGUGGUAUGCAAGAUUACAAUUAUGUGUGGGCCAACUGUUUUGAGAUCACAUUAGAAUUGUCUUGUUGCAAGUACCCACCUGCUUCUCAGCUUCGACAAGAAUGGGAGAAUAAUCGUGAAUCUUUGAUUACGUUGAUUGAAAAGGUUCAUAUUGGAAUUAAAGGGUUUGUUAAAGAUGCAGUAACAGGAUCUGGACUAGAGAAUGCAACCAUCUCAGUGGCUGGUAUUAAUCAUAAUAUCACAACUGGAAAAUUUGGUGAUUUCCACAGAUUGCUUGUUCCUGGAAUUUACAAUCUUACAGCAGUUUCAACUGGGUACAUGCCAUUGACUAUUAAUAAUAUAAUGGUGAAGGAAGGGCCAGCCACAGAGAUGGAUUUUUCCCUCCGACCAACUGUGACAGCAGGAAUUCCUGACUCAACUGAGACUCCUGGCACAGUUGCUGUUCCUAAUAUUCCUUCUGGAACAUCACCCUCCCAUCAGCCAAUUCAGCCUAAAGACUUUCACCACCACCAUUUCCCUGAUAUGGAAAUCUUCUUGAGAAGAUUUGCCAAUGAAUAUCCGAGUAUCACUCGUCUUUAUUCACUGGGAAAAUCAGUAGAGUCAAGAGAACUGUAUGUGAUGGAGAUAUCUGAUAACCCAGGUGUCCAUGAACCAGGUGAACCAGAAUUUAAGUAUAUCGGAAAUAUGCACGGGAACGAAGUGGUCGGACGAGAACUGCUCCUGAACCUCAUCGAGUACCUUUGUAAGAACUUUGGAACAGACCCUGAAGUGACAGAUUUGGUUCGCAGCACUAGGAUCCACCUCAUGCCGUCCAUGAACCCUGAUGGGUAUGAAAAGGCCCAGGAAGGAGAUUCGAUAAGUGUAGUUGGCAGAAACAACAGCAACAACUUUGACCUAAACCGAAAUUUCCCAGAUCAGUUUGUUCCGAUCACAGAUCCUACCCAACCAGAAACUAUUGCUGUGAUGAGCUGGGUGAAGGCCUAUCCUUUUGUGCUGUCAGCCAAUCUGCACGGAGGUUCUUUGGUGGUUAACUACCCCUUUGAUGAUAAUGAACAAGGAGUUGCCACAUACAGCAAAUCACCAGAUGAUGCUGUGUUUCAACAAAUAGCACUUUCUUAUUCCAAGGAAAAUUCCCAGAUGUUCCAAGGUAGACCUUGCAAGGAUAUGUACCUUAAUGAGUAUUUUCCUCAUGGGAUAACAAAUGGAGCUAGUUGGUAUAAUGUCCCAGGUGGUAUGCAGGACUGGAACUAUUUACAGACAAACUGCUUUGAAGUCACUAUUGAACUGGGUUGUGUGAAAUAUCCGUUUGAGAAUGAACUGCCAAAGUACUGGGAACAAAAUCGAAGAUCUCUGAUCCAAUUCAUGAAACAGGUUCAUCAGGGUGUCAAAGGAUUUGUUCUUGAUGCCACAGAUGGUAGGGGCAUACUGAACGCCACCCUCAGUGUUGCUGAAAUUAACCACCCAGUGACUACGUACAAAGCUGGAGAUUACUGGCGCCUCCUGGUCCCAGGGACAUAUAAAAUCACAGCGUCUGCCCGAGGGUAUAACCCCGUUACCAAGAACGUGACCGUCAGGAGUGAAGGUGCUAUUCAGGUCAACUUCACGCUUGUUCGAUCUUCAGCAGAUGCAAACCGCGAAUCAAAGAAAGGAAAGGGGGCUAGCACCAGCACUGACGAUGCCAGCGACCCCACUACCAAAGAGUUUGAAGCAUUAAUCAAACACCUUUCGGCUGAGAAUGGCUUAGAAGGGUUCAUGUUAAGCUCCUCCUCAGACCUGGCUCUGUAUCGCUACCAUUCAUACAAAGACUUAUCCGAGUUCCUGAGAGGACUUGUAAUGAACUACCCACACAUUACAAACCUUACCACUUUGGGGCAGAGUGCUGAGUACCGUCACAUUUGGUCCCUCGAAAUCUCCAAUAAGCCAAACAUAUCAGAACCUGAAGAACCAAAGAUUCGUUUUGUUGCUGGUAUCCAUGGAAACGCUCCAGUUGGAACUGAACUGCUUUUGGCUCUGGCAGAAUUUCUUUGCCUGAAUUACAAAAAGAACCCAGUUGUUACCCAAUUGGUUGACAGGACUAGAAUUGUGAUUGUUCCUUCUCUGAAUCCAGAUGGGCGAGAGCGAGCACAAGAGAAAGACUGUACCUCAAAGACUGGGCAGACCAAUGCCCGUGGCAAAGACCUGGACACAGACUUCACAAGUAAUGCCUCCCAACCUGAGACCAAAGCCAUCAUUGAAAACUUGAUUCAAAAACAGGACUUUAGCCUUUCCAUUGCUUUAGAUGGUGGUUCCGUGCUGGUCACAUAUCCAUAUGACAAGCCAGUUCAGACAGUGGAAAACAAAGAAACUUUAAAGCAUCUGGCAUCUCUUUAUGCAAACAACCAUCCAUCGAUGCACAUGGGCCAGCCCAGUUGCCCAAAUAAGUCAGAUGAGAACAUUCCAGGAGGAGUGAUGCGUGGAGCAGAAUGGCACAGUCACCUGGGCAGCAUGAAGGAUUACAGUGUCACCUAUGGCCAUUGCCCAGAAAUCACAGUGUACACUAGCUGCUGCUAUUUUCCAAGUGCAGCUCAACUCCCCGCCCUGUGGGCGGAGAAUAAGAGGUCUCUCCUCAGCAUGUUGGUGGAGGUCCACAAAGGAGUCCAUGGGUUGGUUAAAGACAAGACUGGUAAACCAAUCUCUAAAGCAGUCAUUGUACUCAAUGAAGGAAUAAAAGUGCACACAAAGGAGGGCGGUUAUUUCCAUGUGCUUUUAGCUCCUGGAGUCCAUAACAUCAACGCGAUUGCUGAUGGAUACCAGCAACAACAUUCACAGGUCUUUGUGCAUCACGAUGCAGCCAGCUCUGUGCUAAUCGUCUUUGAUACAGAUAACCGGAUAUUUGGUUUACCGAGGGAACUCGUGGUAACUGUGUCAGGUGCCACCAUGUCAGCACUGGUCCUAACAGCUUGCAUUAUUUGGUGCAUCUGCUCCAUCAAGUCCAACAGACACAAAGAUGGCUUCCAUCGGCUCCGGCAGCAUCAUGAUGAGUAUGAAGAUGAAAUUCGUUUGAUGUCAACUGGCUCCAAGAAGUCUCUCCUAAGCCAUGAGUUCCAGGAUGAAACGGACACAGAGGAGGAAACAUUAUAUUCUAGCAAACAUUGAAGAGCAUGUUUUGUGUAUCUCCUUGCAUAAGCACCAGGCAAAAAGACUGCUCCUCUUGGGAGCCACUGCAGUGAGAAGAGAGAUCCCUUCCUCCUUCAAAGAGCUUUGGGAAUUUAACCUGCUAAAUUCAUAUUCUGAAUCCCACGGGCAGUUCUGAACUUCCCUUCCUUAAAGUACUCUUAACCUUUUCUUUAAAAAGAUCUGGUUUCUACUUAUGCAGCAGAAGAUGGACAGCCGCUUGGUUUUCCUUUUUAAUGUAAGAUAAGCUGUUCAGAGUUUAUAGUAACAGUAUAAAGCCAGCUAGUAGAUGUUGUAUUUUGCACAUCGGGUAUAUACUAGUGGCUUCAAUUUUGUUCUCUUUAUUUUAAAGGCCAAAAAGAAUCCAGAAACAUUAAGGCAGGGACACCAGUCAGACUCUGACAUAAAGCUUUAAAAACUCAAGAUUUUUCUCCAUCUACUGAGGAGUUCUCUUCUCCAGUUAGCAGAUAGCUGGGGUUUCUCUUAUUCAGGUUUAAUGGAGGCUGGAUAAUUCUUACACAUAUAUGACAUUAGGAAAUGGAAUAAAUGGGCUUCCGUAUUUGUCUUUCUACCUGUUUCCAAGCUGGAUCAGAACUGGUGGGCUGUGCUUUAAGCAGGAUUUUACUACCUCUCUUGUAAGGUUUAGCAAAGUUCUAAAUACCCUCAUCCUAAAGGAGAACUCACUGGCUUUGCUGCGGAGGCACCAGAUGCCCGGUGAGUAGAGGUGAGAGGGAGACGGUGCAGAAGCAAGGACGUUGCUGUCUUUCCUUGGGGACACGCACAGGUGCUGCUGCUUUCUCUGUGAAGCGCUCACUCUAGGAAUGCCUGCUCAUGUUUCCUGAAGCUCAGCCUUUUCCCUGUUGUACACCUAUGCUUUCCAUACCAUCUCGCACCAAAAGGUUCUCAAUUCUACUGAUGGAAAUGUCUAGAAAUGGAAGAAACCUACUUGUGCAUUCUAAUACAUUUGGAUUCAAAGUGUCUACACUUGAUGCUCCAGCCCCAGCCUUCACCUGUGAUGGUGUACUGCUAUGGAAUGGUGUGGCCUCUGCAUACAGGCCUCUGCAAGUGAUUUGGUUCUUGUCCUGAUGAUUCCCUUGAUGGUCUCUUUUUUUUUUUUUUUUAUCAAGCAAUUAUGUUAAAAUUUUCAGUUCAGAGCUUUUAAAUAUGGCUCUCUCCAUUUAAAAAGUCAACUGAAGACUGCCAUGUGAUAGAGCAUUGGGGUGAAGGGAUCCUCUUCACUGCCAGCCAUGCAGAGACCUAAAAGAUUUGCAUUUUCUUGUGUCUGCAUUAAUGCUAUUCAGUGGAAUGAUGCUUUUUGUAAGUGUGAGUCUUAUCAAUGACGUAAUAGUUUAAUAUCUUUGAAUGUGUUAAUGGCCAAGUUGCUGCUGAACUUGUACUAAAUCAGGGGAUCAAAAAACUAGCUCUUACCUUUCCAAACUGUAUUCAUAGCAUUAAUGUAUCAGUUACCCCCAAAGCCUCGCUCAUCGAGGUCACUUGGCCACACUUUGUGAAGUGCAUGAAAGUGGCUGUAUGAAGUCGAGAUCUCGGGUAGUGGAAGGGAAUAAUGAGAUGGUGACAUGUAUGGUCAGUUAGAUGGCUCAGGUCCAGCCAUUCUGGAGUCAGUACUGGCAUCAGCCUAUCUGAAUCCUUGUUCUGCCACAUGAACAGAACGUUCAUGGAAGUUAAUGCUAAUGAAGGGCACAUGAUUCCACUUCUUCUAAUAACUCUUUGUGUUUUUCUAAAUGAUGUGUAUUGAUUGCACUUUUCAGCUUUAUUUUUAAAAGUGCCAACUCAGAAAACCAACAAGGGGCCUGUGGCUGAGCCCUGCUUGGGACAUUACAACUAGAAACCAAGUUCAUGUGACAGUCUUUAUUUUACUAAAGGACACUUUCCACUUGUUCUCUGGAAUUCAGUGCGUCUUUUGCAGUACAUCUCAGCAGUCACAGGCCACGCCUUCUUAAGUAUGUAUAGAACUUUUUUAGAGAUGAAUAUACACAGUAGCUCUCCUAGUCAUUUUUUUUCCUGAAAUUCAACCCAAAUUCUGCUCUAAGUUUCAAGUUGUUAAUGAACUUGUAAUACAUUGAGCUGGAAAACCAGGCCUCCCCCUCCUCUGUUACCUAUGAACAUGAAUGUAGAUCCAUGACUACUAAGACUGUGCUCUUAGCCUUGCCUUCUUUUAUCCGUGGAGCCAAUCUAAUCUCAGACUGCUUUGGCAGCAGAAGGCACUAAAGCCAUAUGGGAUGGGGGAUGCACUUCCUCAGUGCUUCUCCCAGAGACUUUCCAUUCCUUUAGUGUCAUGGACCUAGUGUCGCAGUAUUAGGAAACCUGCCCCAGUCUGAGAUGUGCCUUUCCUUUGUCCUGGUGAUGAGUUUAUAAGCCGCCUUCCCUCCCUGCUCCUUAGCAGAAGCAACAUGGUGGAUAGGUAAUGUUCACAGCAUCUGCCUGUGCUGAUAAAGUUUGGGAAGACGUCUCGAGAGUAGCUACACCAGAUUUGGUGCAGCAGCGGAACUCUGGAUGGUGAUGGGAUCUGAUACAGUGGAGAACACUCGCCAUUCUCACUGAAGGGAUUGGUUUGGGGACUCUUAGCUUCAAGGAAGGAAACAUUGUAUUUUUGGCUCAGUGUGCUUGACUAGUUAAUCUUUGGCAAUCUCAUGUGAAUGAGAUUUGCUGAAUUAGUGAAUAUUGAAUUUGAAACUGAUCAUGAGUGGAAAAGAAGAGGGUAGUGUUUAUGCCUGAGCUUGCUGUGCUUCUGAGCUAGCACCAGAUCACCAGUAGCCACAACGCGCUACUCCAUGUAUUUCCACUUUUUCCAGCAUUCAAUAGGCUCAUUGUCUUGCCAGACUCACGCGUGUGCCAGGUUUUGUCCCUGCUCUCUCAGAAGCUUCUUGGCUAUGAGUAUGUCAUGUCUCUGGUGGGAUUAUUUUAUUGUAGCGCCCAGCAUUUUCCCCCAAAUUUUCCUUUAUUAUUACUAAAGUUCUACUAAUGGUUAAAUAUUCAAUGAUCUUUCUGCCUAGCAACUUGUUGCUAACUUUAGGUUUCUGAUUUAUUUUAAUUAUAGCAGUUCUGGGGGGGUGAUUACGGCCUUUGAUUAAUGUCAAUUGAAUUUAGAUUUCUAGUUCUUGAAGAAAACCCUCCCACUUCUCCUUUAUAUUUGGCAAAAUGUUUAUUAAUGGUUCCACUUGACUCUCAGAGUAUUAUCCUGGUUGAUUUUGAAAUUUGAAAGUAGGUUACCAUUUUGAGACAAUUGGAUAGAAAUUAUGUAAAUAUAGACAAUUACGAUGUUUAUAAAUGGCAAGGUAUGAAUGUGCUAGCUACAUUCUAUGCUGCAGAGUUUUGGAGGUGUAUGACAUGGUUUUUUUUUGGUUUUUUGUUUCUUUUCUGUUCUUUUAACCUCUUUCUUUUUUAAAAAUCAGAAUACUUCCCCAGAUCCAAAACAAUUCAUAGCUAUCUAUAUGACAUGCCCAUCACCUAUUCAUCUUAAGUGUUUCAGUCUUUUGUUUUAUUUCAUGCACUGUGCCUUCAAAAUGAAAAUUUUAAAAGGGACUUUAAAAAAUUGAAUAGUAGUUUUAAAAAGUUAAUCUGUGUAAUUUAUGUGAAAUCUAACUGUAAUGAGGUCCUUUGUUUUUUUAUAUGUAAACAGAUCUACUAAUCCUGUAUAAAAGUUAUUUUAUGAUGUU